CAAGGUCCCCAAGUGGGUGCACGCGGUGAUGCGCGAGGCGAUGCCCGCGCUGGAGGGCGCCCUGCCCCAGCCCUUCGCCGGCGAGAUCCGCGGCAUGUGCCAGGUGCUGAGGCUCGGCCUGGCCGACUGCCUGCUGGUCAACCUGGCCUACGACUUCUCCGCAUUCUGCACCAGUAUUGUGGCUCAAGACUCCAGAGGCCACAUUUACCAUGGCCGGAAUCUGGAUUAUCCGUUUGGGAAUUACUUACGCAACUUGACUUUGGAUGUGCAGUUCUUAAAGAAUGGGCAGAUCGCUUUCACAGGAACCACUUUUAUCGGCUAUGUGGGAUUAUGGACGGGUCAGAGUCCUCACAAGUUUACGGUUUCUGGCGACGAACGAGAUAAAGGCUGGUGGUGGGAGAAUGUGAUCGCCGCCUUUUUUCAGAGACACUCUCCAGUCAGCUGGCUUAUCCGCACCACCCUGAGUGAAUCAGAAAACUUCGAAGUAGCUGUUCAAACACUGGCCAAGACUCCCCUUAUUGCCGAUGUGUAUUACAUUGUUGGUGGCGUGUCCCCCCGGGAAGGAGUGGUCAUCACAAGGAACAGAAAUGGCCCGGCCGACAUUUGGCCUCUAGAUCCUUUAAAUGGAGCGUGGUUCCGAGUUGAGACAAAUUAUGACCACUGGGAGCCAGCGCCUGAGAGAGAUGACCGAAGAACACCUGCCAUCAAAGCCCUCAAUGGAACGGGCCAGGCACACCUCAGCCUGGACGCCCUCUUCCAGGUUUUGUCAGUGUUUCCGGUUUAUAACAACUACACCAUUUAUACCACAGUAAUGAGCGCGGCCAACCCGGAAAAGUACAUGACGAGAGUCAGAAACCUGGGUUAAAAGGAAGUGAGCAGAAGGGUGGAGUCACCUGCAGUGAAAGGUGAUUUUUAAAAAAUGAAAUUCUUGGAGAGCUGCACUUUAAAAAAAAUAAAACAAAGUGAAAGGACUGUGUUAGUUUAUUAACAAUACAAGCUCCUUCCUCAUUGAACUUUUCAGCUGUGUGAAGUGGCGGCAGGAGGAUCGCUUUGCAGCUUGUUUUGGUAGCGUGGUGACGGCCGCCGGUUCCCUUCCCUUGGUCCUUGGCCUGCCCCUCCCCAGCCCCCCUCUCCUGGCGUGAACAACGGGCUCAAAGAUAAUUGGUCUCGGAAGUCAAACCAUACCCCAGCUUCUCACCUUAACAAAGCUAUGUUGUUAUACCUCAGCUUAUAAAGAAAUGAGCUCUUUGUUCAUUAUGAAGUGUUACUGGAAGUCUGAGAGAAAGAUUCUUCUGGAAGAAAUGCAGAGCUCUCAUUUGAAUAGAGCCUGUUUGAAUGUUCAUCUGACCUUCGAUCUUGUAUUUCCAUGUGAUGGGAUUGUCGUUUUUUAUGAUGUUUCUAACGUGAUGUACCUCCUUUUUCUAAAUAGCUUUCUUACUUGCUUUUUGAGUGCAAUAUGCAGCCAAACAACUUCUGAUGGUCACUUUUCAUUAGUUAAUAAAAUGUUGGAAAAGAUGUUGGCGGGGAAAAUAAAAAUUUCCAAGAUA